UCGGCCCGCAAGUGGCGCUUGGCAAAAACCUAUGGAUGAAUCUAUGCCGAUCGUCAAGUCGGUCUUCCGCAAUCGUAACGUCAUGAAUGAAUAAACGUCUGAGUCCAUCCGUUCUGUGAAAAUGGUCAUUGGUGGUCAUGCCGCGGCUUCAUAUAGAGGGACUCAGGUCAUUUUAGCGUGUUUUGGAAUCGUGUAUGAAUGAAUGAAUGCGAAUUGUAAUUUGCCGGCCGGCUCAUUUUCUUCGAAAACAGUACCACUACGGUUUCUGGUACAUGCUCUGCCAGACAUGAAGUCACCACGUAUCCUGUCGAUGAUGGCUUUGCAGGUCGUAGCAGCUCUUGCUGUCUCCGUAUCUGCUCGGGAUAGUAGUAGCGGCUCUGUUGUGACAUUCCAGCAUCCCGCCGACACUGUUCUGCGGACUGACAAUGGCACGUACGGGCCUGAGGUUGAGGAGUUCCAUUACUACUAUGAUCAGUUCCCGAUCGGCCUCGCUGUCUCGAGCAAGGGCCGGUUGUUCGCUUGUUACACUCGAGGUAGCUAUAGCUAUACUCUCGGCGAAGCAGUCAAUAAGACGGCGGAGGCGCCAUACCCAUCCGCCGCCCUCAACCUCCCAGUCGCACAGCUCAAUACGACAUUCAACACCAUCCCCUUCGGCAGCGCAAACUCCACCCAUCUCAUCUCCGUACAAGCCAUCUACAUCACGCCCUCGACGCCCAACCGCCCGGAAACGCUCUGGGCCCUCGACACAGGACGGCCCAGCAUCGUCGCCGCGGACGGCAGCCCGACGAUGCCCUACGCCCAGCCCGGCGGACCGAAACUCGUCGCCAUCAGCCUCGCCAACGACUCCAUCUACGCAACAUACACAUUCCCAGCAUCCGUGCACUUCCCAGCCUCGUACAUGAACGACCUGCGCUUCGACCUGCGGCCCACGACCACGGCGAGCGGCCAGGGCGUGGCAUACAUUGCCGAUAGCAGCAACGAGGGCCGCAACGGCUUCAUCGUCGUCGACCUGGGCUCGCGCGCCUGCUGGCGCCGUCUGACGAAUCAUCCGUCUGUGCUGCGCGUCUACGACAAUGUGCCGAGCUACCAGGGCCGUGCCUUCUAUGUGCGGCAGGCGGGCGGGAUGCCGGUUGGGUACUUGCGCGAGGGACUAGACGGCAUACAGAUCUCGCCGUGCGGCAGGCGGCUAUACUAUUCGCCGCUGACGUCGCCCUACUUGUACUCUGUGCCGACGGCGAAUUUGCUCGUGCCGCCGGAAGACGAUCCGCUGGUGGAGUUGAUGGCGGCGGGCAAUGUGAGCACGCAUGGGCAGCGCGGCGGGUUUGCAAAUGGGUUUGAGGGCGAUAGUCAGGGGUGGGUGUACCAGUUGAUGCCGGAGCAGAAUGCGAUAUACUAUUUCGACCCUGCCGACCUGCAGGUCCACACGUUCGUGCGGGAUCCGCGGAUCAUUUGGCCGGAUAGUGCGGCGGUGGGCGAGGAUGGAUAUUUUUAUAUGAACAUCAAUCAGUUGCCCUAUCAGCCGAUGUGGAACGACGGAGUCGAUGGGCGUGUCAAACCUGGGGCGGUUCUGAGGGCGAAGAUUCCCAAUGGGGGGUCGAAGAUCACCGGCUUAGGGUAGCGGGUGAUGGAUAUUUUUCCAAGAAGCUAUGGCCUAGAUCCUGAAGAGUGCAUCAUGCCGA